GCGGGGCGCUUUUGCGGAAGCCGGCGGCGUCCGGUUCAGCCUCCUCCGGGAGCAGGCACUUGGCGACUCGGCGCUAACCCGCACAACUCUGUCCCGAUCCCCGAGUUCUCACACGGUGUCCGGACAGAUCGAAGCCAUGGCCAUUCUUUUCGCUGUUGUUGCCAGGGGAACCACUAUCCUUGCCAAACAUGCUUGGUGUGGAGGCAACUUCCUGGAGGUGACAGAGCAGAUUCUGGCUAAGAUACCUUCUGAAAAUAACAAGCUAACGUACUCACACGGCAAUUAUUUGUUUCAUUACAUCUGCCAAGACAGGAUUGUAUAUCUUUGUAUCACUGAUGAUGAUUUUGAGCGUUCCCGAGCUUUUAAUUUUCUGAAUGAGAUAAAAAAGAGGUUCCAGACUACGUAUGGUUCAAGAGCACAAACAGCACUCCCGUAUGCCAUGAAUAGUGAGUUCUCAAGUGUCUUGGCUGCACAGCUGAAGCAUCACUCCGAAAAUAAGGGCCUAGAUAAAGUGAUGGAGACUCAAGCCCAAGUGGAUGAACUUAAAGGAAUCAUGGUCAGAAACAUAGAUCUGGUAGCUCAGCGAGGCGAAAGAUUGGAAUUAUUGAUAGAUAAAACAGAAAAUCUCGUGGAUUCGUCUGUCACCUUCAAAACAACCAGCAGAAAUCUUGCCCGAGCCAUGUGUAUGAAGAAUCUCAAGCUCACUAUCAUCAUCAUCAUCAUAUCAGUCGUAUUCAUCUAUAUUAUUGUGUCACCACUCUGUGGUGGAUUUACAUGGCCAAGCUGUGUGAAGAAAUAAAAAAGUUAUCAUUAACCAAGGAUAUGAGAGAACAAGGAGUUAAAAGCAAUCCGUGUGAUUCAAGCCUUUUAAUACUGACAGAUGGUGUCUGCCAGUCUCUUCAACCCUCUUCUUUCUCUCUCUCUUUUUUUUUAAUAUUCUUCUAUGCCUCCAGAUUUAUCUUUGUCCUAUCAACCAAUUUAUUCCAGUGCACUUCAGACUGAACCAUUUAUUGCAGCAGUAGCCUUAAAAAGGCAUUUUGUUUCUUUGGUUUGUUAACUAGUGUCAUCUACUUAUAGAUACAUUUUUGUUUAUAACUGCACAAAGCUAUCACCAAGGUAGAAACCACCUGUCUUAUGAGCUGUCAACUGAAAUUAUGGAUGACCUUCGUACACACAAAAGUUUAAGAGACAGUAUUGCUAACAUCUCGUCUUAAUGUGUUUUGAUUUUGAAGGGUUUUAAGUGCUUGAAAAUAAAAUACAUGGAAAAUUGUUGUUAUUUGGGGAAUUGUAAUUAAUUGUUGGUGUUUCUAGGAGCCCAAGCAGGUAAAGUAUUAAACAUUUUAUCUCAGUCAGAUGGGGAACGUUUUGCUAGCCUGUUAGAAGUAAACAGAAUUAUCCUUGUCUGCCUAUUAUUAACUUUUAGGAAGAAAGUUUUGAUCAUUCACAAACCUCGCAGAGCUUGAUAGCCUCUAUUUCCCCAUUGCAGUUGAUUUAAGAAGACGGUGGUUUAAAUAUUGUUGAAGGUUGUGGUUUUUUACAUAUUCCUUUUUCUUUGGUGGAUAUUUAGGGCAAUUGUAUAGAUAAUAGAAUGGGUAGUGGAGGGAGUGGGGAGACACAUUCCUCUGGCUCACCAAA